CAAGGCAGCCACUCCAAACUGAGAAAUCAGUCGCCCGCGCUCUCUGAAAAAGGACAUGUUAAAGUUUAUCCUGCCUAACUUACACCCAGAGCUCUAUCAUUCCUUCCAUUCACCUCUGGAGACAAUGACUAUUGUCUGCGGGACCUCGCUGCUCCUGUUUGCAGACAUCGCAGCCACGGUCUCUUAGAAACUUAUGUUUGUGGAGGGCUGGCUCACCCUCGUGUUUUGGUAACAAAUAUCUCAGAGCAAAGACUCAAGUCGCAGAGGAAGAUGAAGGGCCUCUACCAGGCUGCUGGCCGGACCCUGCUUACUCUCGGGAGCCUCAGUGUCUUCUCGGGAGUCAUGGCCUUCUUCCCCGUCUUUUCCUGCAAGCUUUGGUACACAGGAUGGAGCGUUUGGAUCGCCUGUCCCAUCUGGAACGGGGCUUUGGCCGUCACAGCUGGGGCACUUGUACUGCUUGCUCAUAGAAAGUGGACCCAGAGACACUUGUGGGAAGCUGGCUUCACCUUCGUAAUUCUGAGCAUUCUGGGAUGUCCACUUCAUUUUGCAAUAGCCUUGGAAUCUGCCCUCCUUGGUCCAUAUUGCUUCUACUCCUUCUCAGCGGCUGCGGGGACCGGCUACGUUGGCUACGCAGUCACCUUUCCUUUCCCGUACACGAAGUUUCCGUCAGUCUGUGUGGACCCCCUCCACUAUGAAGAGUACCACCUGGCACUUCAAGCCCUGGACCUGGGCCUGAGCUUCACCCUCUUCUGUGUGUCCCUCGGCCUGUUCAUCAAGCUUUCUGCAAGAUUGUUGCAGAACGGACACAUACAUGUGAGUUCCAACAAAGGGAGACUGGGCCUCCCUCAGUCCUGAACAGUGAAGGACUGUGUGGGAUCCCCGCCUGGUCUCCCUCUAUCUGUUGCCAUGGUAACCAGGGUCCAGCUUAUAACUGGUUUAUUCCCCAAUAGUGGGCACCACUUGCCAGUUUCUUUCUCAACCUAGAACUUUAAAGCUGUGCAUAGGAAUAAAACAAUAGUCCAUAAAUACUCUCACCUCUUGGUAUUAUCUCCUUUUAGGUUUUUUUUUUUUUAAUUUUUAAAUAAACUGACAAUUUCAU